AUGCUUGUAAUUAUACUUCAGUAUACCAUAGUAACAUCUGAAAAAAUGAACGAUGCCGACUGUCAGCGUUUGGUCAUGUUGGAUGUGUUCUGUGAUGUCAGUAAGCAGACAGCAUGGGGCAGCAUCGAGACUCCAGAUGAGGAUCAGGUGGACUGGAGGCUCCUCACAGAUACUGAAGAAGAAGAAGAACCGACAGAAGCUCCGUGUUCUCUGAGGAAGGCAGUGAGGAACGAUCUUCUCCUCAGCAACAGGUUCAGCUUCUCGGUGCCAGUGCUUCAGUGGAAGAGGAGCUUCUCCAAACCGGCCAGAGAAGAACUGAAGAAGCGGGCGCCGCCGUACGGCUGGAAGGGACUUCCUGUUGACGUGGUCAACUCCACGCUCACCCUCCUACACAGCUCUCGUCUCUUUCAUCGAGGCUCACCUGGCAGGUGUGUCCGCUGCGCUGUGGUGGGAAACGGCGGCAUCCUCCGAGGCUCCCGGCAGGGGAAGAACAUCGACAGUCACGACUUCGUCUUCAGGGUGAACGGAGCGGUGAUCAGAGGCUUUGAGGAAGACGUGGGGACGAAGAUUUCCUUCUAUGGAUUCACCACAAACACCAUGAAGAACGCUCUGAGCUGGUACCUCAGAGAUGGCUUCACCAGAGUCCCUCGGAGUCCGGACAUUAAAUACAUCUUCAUCCCAUCAGACCUCAGAGACUACGUGAUGAUGACAGCUGCCAUUAAGGAUCGGACUGUCCGCUCCGGCAAAGACAGGGGGGACAGGCCCUGGAAGUAUUUCGGCCACAAAUCAGCUGAAAGCUUCAAGAUUCUUCACCCAGGUUUUAUUUCCUACGUGACUCACAGUUUCCUGUCGUCUCCUCUGCUGACCGACAUCAGGAGUCGUCACCUGUACAUGCCGAGCACCGGAGCCCUGAUGCUGCUGACCGCCGUGCACACCUGUGACCAGGUUUCUGCGUACGGCUUCAUCACCAGGAACUACGCAGCGUUCUCCGAUCAUUACUUCGACUCUGCGAGGAAACCUCUGAGGUUCUACGCCAACCACGACCUGCAGAUGGAGAGCCGGCUGUGGGAGGCGCUGCACCGCCGGGGCGUCCUCCGGUUGUACCAAAGGACCUCACGGAGCUGACGGAGGACAGGAGGAGCAACGUCAGUUCAUAUCUCAGUCAGGUGUCUGCAGCCUGCUCCAGAUUUAACUGCACACAAGAAGCUUGAAUUCUGCUGAGGAGCCAAAACUUUCCAAACAUUUUUCAGGCCAAAUACAUAUAUAUAUAUAUAUAUAUAUAUAUAUAUAUAUAUAUACACACAUAUUUAAAAGUGAUGUGAAGCUGUAAAAAGCAGCAUUCUGGGUUUGAUUAAUUGACGUUUGAAUGUUUUAAUUAAUAAAUAAUAAAAUUGUCACUUUAAAUUACAGGUUUUCCUUUUAAUACCACGAAGCACAUCAUCACUCUCCAAUGAAACUGUUUGUUUUGUUUGUUUUUUGGGAUUUAAUAUUUCCUCCUGCUUCUUGAGCUAAAUAAACAAUUAAAUAAAAACAUUUUGGAUUAUCUGAAAAUAACUUGUCACAAAGCUGAAAGGCCUGAAUUAUAUUUGAAAUGUAUGUUAAGACCAUUUUUUAUGACACAUUUUGCACUCUGAGCAUCUUCAGCCGACAUUAUUUUAUAUAGAUGAUGUUUUAUAUUGUACAAAGCAGCAGAUUCUAUUAUAGUUUGUCAUUAUAAUGUGUGAUGUGCGGUUUUUCGUGUCUUUGUUGUUUUUUUGCACUUAUAUUUAAUCACAAGUAUCACUUUGAGUAAACAUUUUGAUUAUUUGAGCAUUUUCUUGAUUCUUCUCUCACAUAAAAGUAACAAUAAAGUUUUAAUAAUAGAGGAAUUAUAUAUUAAAUAUAUAUUUAAAUCCAACAUCAAGAUUUUAUUAAGACUACUGUGUGUAAAAGUGAAAACAGCUGUCGCGUAUUAACAUAUUGAAAUAUGAACAUUAAAGCUGCACUAAUCAAUAUUUUUAUGGAUCAAUUUAAUAUGGCAGAAGCUGUUGAUAGUGUUGGAUGUUGUUGUUUAUCGCUUAUUGUUGUUGUUUAUUGUUUUAUGUGCUAAUCUGAUGCCUCCAGCUGGAAAAAAGUCAAUAAAUGUUGUUUUAAAUGAA